AUGUGCGAAGACGCGGGUUUCGAGGAUAUUUCCGUCUGCCAUAACCCGGAUUACAAGGACCUAGCCCCGCGAAUCGCGGCGAACGGCACAACGCCUAAGCCCCGGGGAAACGACGAAUAUGGGGGAGUGGAAGAGGAGGAAGAAGACGAAGAGGAGGAGGAAGGGGGAGAAGACGGAGAAGGGGAGGAAGAGGAGGAAGGGGGAGGGGGGCGACGAGGGGACGGGGGGAAAGGGGGUGGUGCGCCCAGCAUGGUGUGGUCUGGGCGGGUUUUUGCGCUGCACGACGUGUAUGUGAACAACAAGGGGCAGGUGUUUAACUCCACGCACGUCUUUAACCCCAACGGCUGCUACGCUGAAGAUAAGUUUCACUACGAGGCAUGCACGCGCGUCUCCUCGCACGACUUGCUGGUCAACCUGCUGUUUCACUACGAGCCGGGCACGCGCGUGUCCUCGCACGACUCGCUGGUCAACCUGCUGGUCGUGGGGGCCACGCCCGGCGCCCGUCUGCCCUUCCACGAGAUUCUCGAGCUCGUGCCGCUCUUCCUGCCGCUCUCCCGCGUGCUCAAGAAGCACGGCAAGCCCGCCCUCGUCAUGCGCGGCAAGAAGCUGCCUCGAGUGGUGGGCAUCACCAUGGGUCGCAUGCUCUCCUUUGGCGAUGCGUCUCGCCUCCUCUUCGUGCGAACGCUAAUCCAGCCAACCUUCCAGCACUGCCAGCAACCCAGCCCCUCUCUGUGGUCCAAACUGCGCACCUCCCACUUCCUGCAACCCUGGGGUCUGCCCCUCCUCAACCCUGACUGGUCCGAACGCCUUCCCCCCACCGCCCCCAAGGCCCUCUCUCCCCCUGCCGCCCUCCCCCCCUGGGAGACAAGUGGGGUGAAAGAGGUGAUAGUUCUCGAGCCACCAGCAACAGUCCAGGUGAAGGGAUUUGCAGAGAUUGUAGCAGGGCUGAAGGGGAAGUUUGGCGCCGAGCAUGUGAGGCUGGUGGGAAGGUUCCAAAGAGAUGACGCCAAAGAGUUGUUUCCCCGGGCGGCGCUGCUCGUCAGCAUCACGAGCCCGUUUCUCGUCAACCUCGCGUUCCUGCCGCCCCGCGCCGCCCUGCUGGAGCUCCGCCCGCCGCCCGCUGAGGUGGACGCGGUGAUCGCUGACUCAGUCGCCAGGCUGGCAGCGGCUUGCCAGAUCCAUCACCGCGUAAUUCGAGGAAGCUUCAUGGAAGGAGCACCAACUGAUGGUGUGGGGAUAUGGAAAGGGGCUGAGGAGGGUACGGGGAAGGGUGCGGUGGAGUGGAGGAGCGGGGCUGUAGAGGCAGCAGCGAUGUUUUUGGCUCGAGUGGUCGGGAAAGCAUUAACAGCCGAUGAGAAAGUAGUGGAGGAGGCAGCUCUGACGGCUGCCGACCAGCGAAUGAGGGCUGCACAGCUGGCGCAGGCCUCCACCAGUAAGAAGCCGCUGAUUCCCGGUACGCAGAUCCAAUCUCCACAGUCCGCCGCCCAGUUUCGGCGCUGGCUGCGGUGCGUAAGUCAGCGGGGGCGGUGGGUGUACAACGCCACGCCGCGCAUCCUCCCUUGGGAGUACCUCGGUACCAUGAACCUGUGUGACCACCGGCAUCGGGACACCACUGGAGGACUCGUGACAAAAAAAGCAGAUAAGUAUGCGGUGGAGGGCGGCGCGCCGGGCGGCUGGAGCGUGCGCGAGUCGCUCAAAUACGAGUGGAGAACGCCGCCCGGGAAGUGCCCGAUCGGGCCGCUGAGGCAGCUCGACGGGGAUAUGUUUUGCCGGAAAGUGGAGGGGAGGAAAGGUGGGCUGAAUGUGCUGUUUCUGGGGGAUUCCCUGGCGCAUCAGAUGGUUGACAGCUUCCUCAACGGCCUUCUGAGACACAUUCCCAAGCCUGCGGUGUGGGCUGUGAACGAAACAAUUCCCAAGGAAUGCUCUGAUUGGCUGGUGGAUCCCCCCAGGCAUGCCUACUGCCGAGUGUACACUUUCAAUGAGAGCUUUUGUCCCGGGCUUACGGUGCAAUUCGUGAGGAAUGACCACCUGUGGUUUACUUCGCCUGGAGAAGCUAAGUUUGACCACAUUCCAUGGCAUUUGUAUUCAGGGUUGAAGGAUGCUGAUGUGGUGGUGGUGAAUCGAGGCGCGCAUUUCAUUGGGGGGAAGGAUUUUGAGAGGAGUGUUCCGGCCGCUUUAGAAUUUCUUCGAAAGAAGCUGCCCGACGCGCUGAUUAUCUGGAGGAAUACCCCGCCUGGGCAUGCCAACUGCACGUCCUACACCGGGCCGAUCAAGAAGCGGCAGAAUCCGGAAUUUCUGCCGUUCCAUUGGGACUUUCACCAUCACUCCCUCGCUGCUAACACCGUUAAUAUAGUCACAGGCAAAUCAUACCUUCCCCCUGCCCCUUCCGCUGCUCCUUCCCCCUUCCCUUCCGCCACUCCCAUGACUGCUCCUUCCGCUGCCCACCUUCCCCCUUCGGAUAUCCCCCCUGCCGCUCCCCCCAUCCCCUCCGCUCCACGAACUUCCCCUUCCGCUUCCCCCAUCUCCCCCUCCGCGCUCCUAGGCGCGCUCUCCUCCCUCCAGUCAAAGAUAUCCGCGUUACAAGUGCUGGUUCCGCUAGUGGCACAAUCCGGCCCGUCAGAGGCGCUGCAGCAGCAACAGGAGGUGGCAGCAGUGGGAGUAGCGACGGUGAUACAGCAGGUGGCAGCGGCAGCAGUGGGGUUGCUACCGCCGCACCUGCAGGAAAAGCUGGUUGUUCCGGACAUUGCUGGCGCGGUUUAUGGCAGGGAAGGUGUGGACGGGGCUUCGGAGGAAAGAAGAAGGGAGGGGGGAGGGGGGCAUGGGGGUGGGGGUGAGAUGAUGGCAUGGGGUGGUGGUGACGUCAUGCAUGGUGCCGUGAAGGAGGAAGUGCAGGCCAUGGAUGACGUCAGCAUGGGUGGUGGUGACGACAUCAAUGGGACGCCCAUGCCUUUGCGAGGAACCUAUUAUGGGGCACCUGAUGUGGCACCUGAUGUUACACCUGAUGACGCACCUGAUGGUGCUGCAUAUGAUGGUGGCGCUGGUGGUGGUGCCAUGGCAUGUCAAGCAGUUGCUGUUCCCACGGCUUCACAUGUGUCAGCAUGGGUGGCGCAAGCAGCAGUCAGGGCGGCAGCAGUAGUGUGGGCGGCAGCGUUCUGGGCGGCAGUGGAAUGUGCGACAGCGUUUGGGGCGGCGGCAGUGUUUUGGGCGGCAGCGGCGGCAUGGGUGUGUGGGAAGGGCUUUAAGCGCGACGCCAACCUCCGCAUGCACAUGCGGGGCCAUGGCGACGCCUACAAGGGUGCCACCUCCCUCUCUCGCCCUGCGCUCUCCGCCGCCCGCUCCGCCACUCACCCAGCCGCCCGCUCCGCCACUCACCCCGCCGCCCGGCCGCAGCGCUACAGCUGCCCAGAGCCCGGAUGCAAGCGCAACCAGCAGCACCCGGAGUUCCAGCCGCUGAAAACGAUUCUGUGUGUGAAGAAUCACUACAGGAGGACGCACUGUGCGAAGCAGUACACGUGCAGUCGGUGCGGCGUGAAGCAGUUUGCUGUUCUGGCUGAUCUGCGCACGCAUGAGAAGCACUGUGGCCGGUCCUCCUGGAAAUGCUCCUGCGGGUCGUCCUUCAGCCGCAAGGACAAGCUACUGGGUCACCUCUCUCACUUCACGGGUCACCACGCCGUUGCUGCCGGCCCCUCUGACCUCCCACUGCCCGCCCUCCCUUCCCCCGCCGCCUCCACGCCUGCUGCUGCUGUCGACGCUGCCAUCGCCGCUGCUUCUGCCGCUGUUUCUGGUGCUGCUGCUGGUGAUACUGCUGGCGGCAGUGGUGGUGGUGAUGGGAGCAGUAGUGCUGCCUUUGCUGGUUACCAUGAGGGGAACAGUGGGGUUGCCAUGGGAUUGGCUGGAGGUGGGGGGAGGGUAAGUGUUGGCGCCAGCAGGAGCAGCAGUGUGGUAGAAGCAACUAACAUGGCUGCCGGCGGUUCUCCUGCUGCUCCCUCUACAGUCACUGCUCCCUCUGCAAUCACAUCUGACACCAUGGCUCGCUACGCCGUCGUCGCCUUCGCUCUCCUCGCCCUCUUCGCCGUGUGCCACGCGCGGCCCGCACCACUCGAUGACGAUAUCACCGAUAACACCGUUGUCCCCAAUCUCAAGGGACUCUCCCGGGAGAAGAUUCAGGAGCUUGCGUUGACAGAUCUGGCCGCAUGGGACGAGGAGGACAACGGCGUGAGUGCCGCUGAGGCUGAUAAGAUCGUUGUCGAUGAGGAUAACACCGUCGCUGCCACUGACGACGCCGCUGACGACUCCGACAAUACCGUGGCUGCGUCUAGCGAGGAUGUUGCCGACUCCGACAACUCCGUCGUCGCGUCGUCCGCGGAGGCUGCUGAUGAAGACAACACCGUGGCUGUUGCCGAGCCUGCCGACUCGGACAACACCGUGGCUGUUGUGGCUACCGAGGCUGAGGAUGACGUUGUUGCUGUGAUGCCUGAGGACAACGUUGCUACCGCUUCCGCCGCCAAGUCGACCGACAUGGGUAUUGCCAUGGUUGUGUAA